AGUUUAUGGGGGGUAGCUUGAUGUGGGGUGUGUGUGUGGAGGGGGGGAGUGGAUUGUAGCUGUGGUAGACGGAAGUCUGUGGGGCAGAGCUGGGCAGGAAGGAGGACAAUGUGAAGUCAGACCCGGAAGCUUUGCCUGGAGUUUUAUUCCAGAAGCAAAAGCCUCCUUUUUCCUGUCCAUGCUGCCAAUCCGGUUCAAGACAAGGAGUCCCUUCUGGGAGCCGAGGUGCGAAGGUGGCUCUGGUGCUGGCUUUGCCGUGACUUGUGCUCUGAAAUGCCCACAGCGAUUGCCUUGCAGAGGAGUGUUGGGCUGGGAAGGGACCCCGGAAGGUCCUCUAGACCAGCCCGCGUCCGGAACCGGCAACAGCGUCCCGUCUGCCAUCGGGAAGUGUAGAUGUUUUUGUAGGACCGCCUGGAAUGCCGGCGAGUUGUGAAUGAGCUUGGAAGCUGAAUCUGGCCACGGCGAGGAACUUCUCGGAAGUUUUGAGCGUUGGUGAUCAUGUGGGCAGCCUGUUGUAACUGGUUUUGCCUGAAUGGACAACCCGAGGACAUGCCGCAUCGCCCGCAGCAGGGGACCCGUACCCAGGCCUACGCCAAUGCCGGCUACAGCUCCUUCCCCUCUCCCAUGGCUUCUGAGCAGGGCUGCAAGGCCUGUGGGGUACAAUUCAACAGCUCCUUGCUUAAGCACAUCUGCCUGGACUGCAAGAAGAGCUUCUGCCCGGCCUGUGCCCAUCCGCCGGCCGGCAGCAGCCCCUGCCUCUGCCAGCUGUGUGAGCGCUUCCGGGCCACAGCCUUCCAGUGGGAGGAGCUGAUCAAGAUGAAGGUGAAGGACCUGCGGGACUACCUGGAGCUGCGGGAGAUCUCCACCGAGACGUGCCGGGAGAAGGACGAGCUGGUCUUCCUCAUCAUCGGCCAGCAGCCCCGCUCCCCCCGCAGGGACAGUCGGACGCCCCGGGGGCCCCCGCUGGCGGAAGAGCCCUCUGCCCAGGAGGAGGACUUGGUGGCCUUGCCCCAGACCAGCGUGCCCGGGCCAGACCCAGACUUGCCGAUGGAGGAGCAGCCACAGGCAAAUGGGCAUGUGCCACUGAACCAUGAUGAAAUGGCGGACAUCGAGAUUGCAGCAGAAGCGCUGACUGAGGAGGAGACGCAGUCCACCGACUCGGAGGAUAACCUAGUCCCAGGUCGGAGGGCCUCCCUCUCCGACCUGACGAGUGUGCAGGACAUCGACGCCCUCUCGGUGCGGCAGCUGAAGGAGAUCCUGGCGCGCAACUUUGUCAACUACAAAGGCUGCUGUGAGAAGUGGGAGCUGAUGGACAGGGUCACCCGUCUUUAUAAAGAGAAGGACCUUCAACAGCUGGUUUCCGACACAGAUGAUCAGACUGCUCCAUCUGGGAACGGCCCACUCCCCGGCGCGGAAGAGAACCUCUGCAAGAUCUGCAUGGACUCGGCCAUCAACUGCGUCCUCCUGGAGUGCGGCCACAUGGUCACCUGCACCAAGUGCGGCAAGCGUAUGAACGAGUGCCCCAUCUGCCGGCAGUACGUGAUCCGCGCCGUCCACGUCUUCAGGUCAUGAGGGCACCUCGACCGGGACCGGCACUCUUGGAGAAGACUUGCCCGCUGUGUCGGGUGGAGUGGCUCUUCCAGCUCUCCAGCCUGCCGUCCCCCUCCCACUCCCCAAAUCUCCUCGGUGACAGGUGCGACGAAGGAUGGAAGCUGCCGACUAUGGCUGACCAUGCGUCCCCCCCGUACCGCCAUAGUGUGCAUUACACCACAGUGCCUGGAGAUCUGGAAACCCUCCGCAGAUCGAGAACCCGACACCCUCCUGCCUUACGAAUGUUGGCCUGCGGUGGGGGAAAUGAUGCCCCACGCUUGACUUUCCUCCCAGAGGUGUCUGUCCGUUGGCAGUGAAUAAAACCGGGUGGUGUAUAGGAUUUAGCCCAUGACCAGAAAAGAGAUUUGCUACCAUCAAUGCUCCUCUUUCCUCUUUUUCUUUACAAUAUCCAGGCAUGUAAAAGGGAUGUUUAGUUUCUGGGAUGUUGCCUCCUCUUUUUUUUUGUUAACCCCCCCUGUCCCUCCCAUCUUCUGCCUUCACAUUUUAAAAUUUUUUUGAUUCACGGGCCUCGCUGUUCCAGCUGCUGUUGACCGUUUUCUGUUGCCUGCGACUUCAGCACGGAGUGAAUUUAAUUGGAGGCUCACGGUGGCCGUGAAGGAAGGAACCUCCACGGUGACGCCCGCUGUGGACCUCGUGGUGAGGGGCGUGGAGCUGUAACGGAAGGGAGAACUAUUGUGUUCUGUGAUUUCCCCCCGUUUUUAAACACAUGGGCAUCUCAGGGGUUGGAUUGUGACUGUUCUGCGGGCCAGCCCGUUCGCUUGGGGGAGUGGCAAGGGAGGUCAGAAUGGAUUUGGACUCCUAGGCGUCCUGUAGAAGGGGAUAGCGCUCCUCCGGCCUGCUGGAGGAACCUGCACUGGUGGGGCUUUGAGACUCCCCAAGCCACUGUCUGGUUGUGAAGUCAGACUGGCAAUCUAGGAGGGCCACAUUAACGUUGUUUGGUCUUGGAUGGUUUUCGGCACUCUGCUUUCUCAUCUGGGGAGGCCUUCAUUUCCAGGCAGUCCCCUUCUGGAAGCUAAAGACAGGCGAGCCGGCGAGCUGGUUGACCCCCGUGCCCCAUAUAUAUUGCCUUAAAAUGCCAUGUUUUUCACUUUGAGGUGGCCCCUGUCCAGAAGGGAAGCUUGUGGGCCAUUUGCCAAAGGACGGGGGUCCAAAGCGCAAAGUGCCGGGACUCUCGACUGGGAUCUUUGCUUGCCCUAUUAGCUCGUUUUAUGCACCUUAAGCCAUUGCUGGAUCCCCCCCCUGCCCCAGAGUUGAUAAAUCCCUGCGAAGCUUGGGCCAGAGCCUGCUUUUCUUUUCCCGAGUUCCUGCCUGGAGAGCACAAAAGGAUCCCCAUUUCUUGCCCUGGAAGCAAGAGCUCUGGAUCAUGGCGGAGUCACCGAUCAGGAAUCCUCCAAGAUUAUUUGGAAAUACUCUAGAGCGCCACGUUGCUGUUUACAUCCCACAUUCCCCUGGGAUUUCCCCCCGAAAGUCAGUUUUCCUGCUCUACUGGGUAGUUAAGAAGCCUUAAGCAGCUGUGGCUUUCUCCACAGUUGUGUCUUAAAUCUCGACGCCGGCCUUCCGGCCUGAACUCCGGGCAUAUCUGUUGGCUUUGUUUCCCCGCCUUUGCACAGACUGAGGAUGCCUUAAUUUGCCUUAUACUCCUGGACUGUGUGUAAAUGUGUUUUUAGCGAGAAAUGCUCUGGCUGUGGGAAGCCGCAGAGGUGGAGAUUUGUGUCGAUCAGGGACAUCAUCAGCGUCUAUCAGUUGUGUUGCUGCCUGUGGGUAGAUGUGUUCAAUGUGAAAAGUUGAGCUGUGUGUUCUGGAUUUGCUAGCUUCUCUCCCUCAACCUCUUCUCUCUCCCCCCCCCCCCAUCAUUGGUACCCACAGGAACAUGGAUCCCCGCGGCACCCAAAGGGACGUCCAGAAAUGUAGGUUUACACAGUAUGCAAAACCACAGUCAGCUGGGAGGUUUUUUGUUUUAAUUAACCUGCACUGGCACCUCUAGGCAGGAAGCGUUUGUAUUGGGCUCAGCUGUGGACUUGAAACAAAAUGGCAGACAUGGUUUAAAACAAUCAAGCGCGCAUGCACAUUAACACACACACAAACUUCCAUGCAUCUAACAUGCUGCUCGAGAUUCCUCUCCAUGAGCUGGUUCGGAUGACACUUUGCCAGCCCACGAAACCAAAACGGAGAGCGUGCCCUCACUGAUGGCUGUUGCAGACAUCCUGGUGUAUUCCUUUAUCACUUGAGCAGACGCCCUAUCCUAGGCCUACUCCACUUCGCCCCCUCCCAGCUGUUUGUGGACUACAACUCCCAUAAUCCACAGCCACAGCAGCCAAUACCCAAGGCUUAUGGGAAUUGUAGGCCAACAUCCACAGGAGGGCCGAAGUGGAGCAGCUUUGCCGAAUGGCUGCAUGAUAGGUAACCCAAAUCCGAAACGAGCAUUCGGGUCAUUGAGCAUUCAUGUCAGGCGACACACAAGUGCACUACUAGGUGAAUGGGGAAACCUUGCGUUCUGCAAGGAACUCUAGGGAACGGGCCCUUGAUGGGGGAGGGCGGAAGAGGGGAGAAUUCGCCCUCCACAGGUUGCAGUUGAGCGACUCUGUGCAUCACCCCGUCACCGGAUGCAAUGGAAGUCUUGCGGUGGUCCAAUGGACUGCACCAUUCCGGACCGUGUGUGUGGGGGGUCCACAUCUCUAAAUCCGCCAAACACCCUGCAGCUGGGCUAGCACCGUUCUCCUUGAAGACUUCAGCGUUUUGUUCUGUUUCACUGGCUGGAAGCUGGGAACGAGCUCCCUGACCCCUGCCGUCCGGGGGGUGGGGUAUAAAUAUUUCCAACAAGCACUGUCCGUUUUACUACCUCCUCCUGCUGAUGUAUACUGCCUUAAGAUGUUGACUCCAAAUUUGGUUUUCUCCUCGCUGUAGAACUGGGCCUCCUGCUAUGACAGGGUAGGCAACCUUAGCUUUCCCUCCAUUUCUGAACUACAACUUGCAUCAUUCCCCUGCCACAAUGUAUCGUCCCCAAUGCAACUGCGAGCCUCUGAUAUGGCCAGGGAUGGCCAAAUCGCCAGCUGCUGGACUACAACUCCCAUCACCCCCCUGGCCCACAAGUUUUUGUUCAGCGACAGCUGGAGAGCCCAGCUUGCCCACCUCUGUGCUCUUACAAUGCCCGUUCAGCAGGGGAGGCCCAACUUCUCCAGCGGCAGUUAAACUACAAAUCUCAUCACCCCCUGCUGCAGUGUCUGGCAGCUGCAGGGUGAUGGGGGUUGUAGUCCAGCCAGCCUCCUGAGAGCUUCAGGUUGGUCACUUAUCUGGCAAAACGCUGAACUCUGACCUGCAUUUCUGAGGCUGGUUUCCUGAUGGAGAGAAAAUUUUUAGAGGGUCUGGCAGGUUGUGCUUGUUUUGGUAUAGAGAUUUGCUUUCUAAUUUUGUAAUAAAAUGGAAGUCCAAUGCAAA